AUGCCGUAUGGCCUGUCUAACUCACCUUCUGUAUUCCAAAACUUUAUGAAUGAAAUCUUCAGAGACAUGCUCCAUCGGUUCGUAGUGGUCUACAUAGACGAUAUUCUAAUCUACUCACCCAAUCUCGAAACACAUCGUCACCACGUCACUCAGGUACUCCAACGCCUCCGACAACAUAACUUGUUUCUGAAACUAGAAAAGUGCGAAUUCCACCAAUCCACGAUCCAGUUCCUCGGCUAUGUCAUUACCCCAGAGGGAGUACAAAUGGACCAGAAGAAGGUGGAAGCGCUAAAAUCUUUAGCCUUGACGUCGGAAGCCACUAGUGCCUUUCAGCGACUGAAAUCCGCCUUCUGCAACGCACCUAUCCUCCGUCACCCUGAUCCCAACCACCGCUUCGUGGUCGAGAUUAGACUUUUAGUUAUUGAAAUAUGUUCUCAGGGCAGCAUUGCAUCUUAUUGGUUCUCUCAGUCGUCCAAUCAGCGACAGCAGGAGGCGGGACAUGGAUUAUUUGAAUUGUUUUUCUCAGGACGUGGGAGACAUCCUGGAGAGUGGAGACAUCACGCUAAGGAUAUCGUUGCAGUUAAGAUUAUGGAGCAGCUAUGGAUCGAGAGCAUCCGAAGGAAACUGAGAAUAGAAAAAGAUUCCCGUGUUUCCACGGAUAUCAAAAUUGUUCAUGGGGACAAGAAAACAGAGUUUAUGGAGAACUAUGUAGAAGAACUACAGAAGAAAACAAAGACCUUUUUCUUGGCGGCAAAACAGAACAGCAAAAAUUAUUAUUUCCAUGCCUGUGAAAGAGGCAACAAACCAACAGGAAAAAGCAUGGGCAAGGCAUGUGAAACGAGGGCCAAUUCCUGUGAAGCCUAUGUGUCGUUUAAAUUUAUAGAGGAGACAGGUUUCACAGCAGUAGUAGUUCGGCAGCAAUUAACACACACGGGACAUGAUUUGUCAAACCCUGAAGAGAGGAAGAAAAAUGCAAUUAAUCCAGAAUUGUUAGGAUUUGUCGAGAUAUGGCUCACGCAAGGUCUAUCCAUAUCACAGAUUGUCAUAAAAAGUUGUGAUUGGGCAUGUAGUCGGGGUUAUACCGAUAAGCAUGACAGGCGUUUUUUCCUAACUCCAGAAGAUGCAAGGUUGGUAAAACGCCACCUCCGUAUCUUCACUUUGCCGGACAUCGAUGAUGCUGUGAGUGUGGAAAAGCUGGUGACAGGUGAACUGAAAGAAAAUAUUUGCUUUUUACAACCUUUGACAAAAGACCAGCCACUGGUUAUUGUUGUCCAGACACCACAACAGAAGGCUCUACUCCAAGAGAACCCCCACCCCAUGGUUUUUAUGGGCGCCUCCUACAAAGGUUUGACAUCAUAUGGGUAUGCCCUUGUACUUGUCAAUCAAACUGGAAGAGAAGUCCCAUUUGCAUACCUAAUAAUGAGCCAGGAAUCCUCAGCAAUAGUUGAGCUUUGCUUGAACAUGCUUUGUUCAAGCAAUCCAAACUUUUACCCAAGGUCAGUUAUGAUCGACAGAGACUUGAAAGAGCUCAAUGCCAUAAGAGAAGUUUUCCCCAAAACCAAAGUUCUCCUCUGUUGGUUUCAUGUUCUCCAGGCUGUACAUCGCUGGGUUACAUCAAGAGAUGGUGGGAACCUGUCACCUGACAAAAGACACGUCGUCAUUCAUGCCAUGACCAGAAUGAAAGCUUGCAUAACGGAGGAAGAUUUUGUGACAGUGUCCACUAGCGUGUGCAAUGACCUUGAUGCCCAGCUUGGCAGCAAUCGAGUGACAACAUACCUGAGGGUGCACUGGCUUCCACAUGCAGCACUAUGGGCCAGUUUUGGACGACUGUUUGAGCACAACAGCAGUGACACCAACAAUAAGGCAGAGAGGUAGUCAAAGAUUAAUAAUCAUGUUUUUUCAAACAUUACAAUGCAUGAUAUAAAACAAAAAAGUAACUCAUGAUCGGGAACAUUUGGUUCCCUAGACGGCACAUUUCUCUUCUAAUCUGCCACUGAACACAAUUUUUCUGGUCACAUUUGGAACCGCUUUUUUGUAUUUUCAAAUUAAGUUAUCAUUUCCAAAGU